AUGGCGACGCCCGCACGUACCACUCAGCCGCCAUGGAAGGAGCCAAAGUCCUCGAGUCCUGCAAAACUCAAGGUCUGGAAUUCUCUUACGCGGUCAAAGAACGAGUUUGCACCCAUCGAUCCCCAAGGCAAACUGGUCAAGUGGUACAACUGCGGCCCUACAGUGUAUGAUGAUGCACAUCUUGGGCACGCGCGGAACUAUGUCACCAUCGACAUCCUUCGCAGAAUAUUAUCAGAUUAUUUUGAAUACAAGCUUCUGUUUGUGCAGAACAUCACCGAUGUAGACGACAAAAUCAUUCUCCGUGGGAGGCAGCAGCACUUACUGGCCAAGUUCAAGAAGCAGAACCCUACAGUCACCGAGGAAGUCAUCAACACAACCAUCAAGGCUUUUGACGCAUACGUCAAGAAGAAUUUACCGCUACUAAGUGACCAGGUCAACAUUGGCAGCUUCAACCAAGAAUCCGCAGAGAAGUAUGCCAACGUUAUACAAGGCAAAUCGGUAGAUGGCACAGGGCCACCAGGCGACAAGGAAGCGAAGAUUAAGAUGCAUCUCCGAACAGCCAGCACAGCAGUCACAUCGCUACUGGCACCAUCCAAAUCAACGCCAAAAGACGUCGACAGCUUCUACUCUGGGGCCGAAGAUGUCUUACUUCCCUAUCUCGAUUCUCUUUACGGCUCCACAAUCGAUGCCAGCGAUCACAGCGUCUUUACAAAGCUCACCCAAAAGUAUGAAGCUCGUUUCAACGAGGAUAUGCGCAGCUUGAACGUUUUAGAUCCACACGUCGUGACACGAGUCACAGAAUAUGGAGACCAGAUUGUCACCUUCGUCGAGAAGAUUGUUGACAAUGGUUUCGCCUACAAGACUUCAGAUGGCUCAGUUUACUUCGACAUUGACAGCUUUGAAAAGAUUCCCGGAAACCACUACGCCCGUCUUGAGCCAUGGAAUCGUGGUGACAAGGGUCUGCAGGCCGAUGGAGAAGGUGCUCUUUCAACGCAAAAGACAUCAGAGAAACGCAGUGAUGCAGACUUCGCAUUGUGGAAGUCAAGUAAACCAGGAGAGCCUGCGUGGAAUUCACCUUGGGGACCUGGUAGACCGGGUUGGCACAUCGAAUGUUCCGUCAUGGCUAGUGACGUGUUAGGAAAGCAAAUGGAUGUCCAUUCUGGUGGUAUCGAUCUCUGCUUUCCGCAUCACGACAAUGAACUUGCGCAGUCUGAAGCGCAUUGGUCAGGGAAGGACGGUGGGCACCAAUGGGUCAAUUACUUUCUACACAUGGGCCAUCUCUCGAUAUCCGGCAGCAAAAUGUCAAAGAGCUUGAAGAAUUUCACCACCAUUCGUGAGGCUCUAGCACGCAAGGACUGGAACGCUCGCAGCUUGCGCAUCAUCUUUUUACUUGGCGGAUGGCAUGACGGUAUUGAGAUCACAGACGACAUGCGCAAGCAAGGCGCUUCAUGGGAGAGCUACGUCUCCAACUUCUUUUACAAAGUCAAGGAUCUCGAAGUACACCCCAACAUGACCUCAACGACCACCGAAGAAGAGAGAAUCACACAAGCAUUUGAAUCCGCAAAGACAAAAGUCCACAAUGCACUCGCAGACUCCUUUGAUACUCCGACUGCCAUGCGCACCAUCGCCCAAUUGAUCACCGACUACAACUCUGCCAGCAAGUCUGGGCUGUCAGAUGGCCUCUCCUUCGACAUCGCUCGCUACAUCACGCGUAUCGUCCGAGUCUUUGGUCUAGACGGCUCCGCCGACCCCAAUGACGGCACUAUCGGCUGGGCCGGUGUGGACAUUCCCGCCGCAGCCAAACAAUUCGUCUACGCUGUGUCCCGUGAACGCGAUGCCGUCCGCCAGCAUGCCAUUGCAGGCGACCUUUCUGAUGAAGUCCUCGAAUCUAUCUUAUCACAAGAUAGCGUCAAUAAAAAGCAAGACAUGGCCGCAAUUCACUAUGCAGAAGUCUUGUCCACUUUUCAAGAAAAUCUGCGCGACUUGGCGGCCAAGAAAGCACCGGCGAAGGAGUAUCUCAACUUGUGUGACCAGCUUCGUGACACACAUCUCUGGAACCUGGGCAUCUACCUCGAAGACCGCGAAAACGCACCCGCAAUGGUGCGCCCGGUGGAUGCGGAAUUAGCCGCAGCACGCACACAAAAGGAAGCUAUUGCCAAGCAGAAAGCAGAGGCAAAACUCAAGCGUGAGAAGGAGGAAGCGGAGAAGAAAGCAAGAUUGAUGGAGCAGGCCAAGAUUGAUCCAAAGGUCAUGUUCAGGACGGAGGAGUGGAGCGCUUGGGAUGAGGAUGGAAUGCCAAUCAAGGACAAGGAUGGGGUAGAGGUGAAUAAGAGCAGGGCGAAGAAGUUGAGGAAAGAGUGGGAGAAGCAGAAAAAGUUGUUCGAGGAAUUUGGCGGGGGCGGUGGUGUUUAG